AUGCUCGCCGACGAAAAAUCGCCAAACUUCUACACCACCAACAAGGACGUCACAACAGAUGUCUACUCGGUCCCAUCCUCGAGCCUAAGCAACACCGCAUCAAGAGGAGGCCUCCCGGCUAAAUGGGUCCUCCACAAGACCAAAAAGGGCACUUUCAAGUCAACACUGAACAUCACCACCCCUGAAGGCGUCCUCUUGAACGCCAUCUCAACCCACACCAUGCACACCGGCAUCACAAUCCACAGCACCUCCGACCAAGACUCCUCUCCACUAGUAACAUGCAAGACCCACGUAAAGGACUUCAAAGUCCAAAUGCCAUCUCAGGGUAUCGAGCUCAAGACCAAAACUCAUUGGUGGAAAUCGACACUCCCGCGCGUCGAGUGGGAGAUGCCUACGGAGCAGGGUGUGCAGCACUUCGAAUGGGAGAGUUCGUACGGGAGUUGGAAGUUGACAAGGCGUGGCGAGACUGGUGAGGAGGAAGUUGUUGCGAGAUGGGUCUGCAGUUUCAGUUCAUCGAGGCUGUCAGGGGAAUUCGAGUUCAUGGGCCCAGGCGCAGAUGGAAGGCUUGGAAGCACUUUCCAAUAUAUCGCUGCUGCGAUAGCUAUGGGAAUUGGGAAGUUGACGAGAGAUGCCGCCGCUGCGAAUGCGGGUGCUUUUGCUGGUGCUUAUGCUUCUGCAGCUGCUACUUGA